UCGAACGCUCCCAUUGUUACAAGAGGCGAAUUUUAGCCACACAAUACACUGUAACAAAUUCACCAUUCCUGUGGAGACGCUUGCGAAUAGACAGUGUUUGUGCAUUGUACGGGCUUGAUUGUGGUUGCAUAUCCGUAGAUAGUUCACGGGCUUGAUUGUGGUUGCAUAUCUGUAGAUAGUUUAGCUUCACGUAUCGGUUUACUUACUUAUUACCACCACAAUGCACAGAGUAAAGGUCGUUUUUGGUCAUUUAUCGCCACGGAACACGUUUAAAUCCCACAGUGAUCCUAUUGUGUCCGGGGCAGAAUGUAGUGCUUUCUCCACCAGUCCAGAUGAUAUAGUGGUGGUCCACGGGCUGAGGACUGCUUUCGGCAAGGCUAAAAAAGGAUCUUUCAAGGACACUACUCCAGACGAGCUGUUGAGUUGUGUGAUGACAGCGGUCCUGGUAGAUGUGGGACUGUCACCUGAGAGACUGGGGGACGUGUGUGUGGGUAAUGUCCUGCAGCCUGGGGCAGGUGCUCUCAUGGCCAGAGUGGCUCACUUCCUCAGUGGGUUCCCAGAGACUGUCCCUGUCUAUACCGUCAACAGGAUGUGUUCCUCUGGACUACAGGCUCUGCUCAACAUCGCAGGAGCCAUCAGGAGUGGGUCAUAUGACAUGGGUCUUGCCUGUGGAGUGGAGAGCAUGUCUCUGCGUGAUGCUGGGGAACCAGGUGAUGUGAGCCCCAGACUGAUGGACUAUGAGAAGGCUAGAGACUGUGUUAUACCUAUGGGCAUCACCUCAGAGAACGUGGCAGAGAGGUUCGGUAUCUCCAGAGAGAAGCAGGAUGCAUUUGCCUUCAGCUCUCAGCAGAAGGCCAGCCAGGCUCAGAAGCUGGGGAUAUUUGACCAGGAGAUCUGCCCAGUAACCACAAAGGUUGUCGAUGAGGACGGCUCUGAACGUACGGUUACCGUAACCAAGGACGAUGGGAUCCGGCCCGGUACUACCCUGGCGGGGCUGACCAAACUCCGAGGGGCUUUCAAACCUAACGGCAGCACCACCGCAGGUAACUCCAGCCAGGUGAGUGACGGUGCAGCAGCGGUGCUGGUGGGUAGGAGGUCCGUAGUGGAGUCCCUGUCCCUGCCAGUGCUGGGGGUGCUGAAGGCCAGUGCUGUGGUGGGCGUGCCCCCUGACGUCAUGGGUAUCGGACCAGCAUACGCCAUCCCUGCUGCUCUGAGGCAGGCCGGACUGACCUUAGCUGAUAUCGAUGUGUUUGAAAUCAACGAGGCGUUCGCCAGCCAGGCUGUGUACUGUGUGGAGAAGCUGGGGAUCCCCCUGGAGAAGGUGAACCCUAACGGAGGAGCCAUCGCUCUGGGUCACCCUCUGGGCUGCACCGGGGCCCGCCAGGUUGUCACCCUGCUUAACGAACUCAAACGUAGGGGCAGGAGGGCCUAUGGUGUGGUGUCCAUGUGCAUCGGAACAGGGAUGGGAGCUGCAGCAGUGUUUGAGUACCCUGGACCUUAGAGGGAGCUGAUCAAUAAUAAUAUUGAUGAAGGGCUUACACUGCUGCAACAUAAUCAGCUGUUGAUUAGCCAUUGAGGUGUUCCUGCCCUCACUAUUGAGUAUUAACAGUUUCAUUUAUGAUUAAUCAGAGUGCAUGGAUGAGAACUGACUGAU